AUGCGCGCCUCUGCUGGUCGUCUACGCCGGCUGCUGGCCCUCGCCGUCCUCUCCGUCGCCCUGUCCGUGGCGACGGCGGCGGUGGCAGGCGGCGACCACAACUUCCAGCGGGACUUCGACGUGGUGUGGGGCGCGGGCAAUGCGCGGUUCCGCGACGGCGGGCGGACCGUGGAGCUGUCCCUGGACGAGCGGACGGGGGCGCGGCUGCAGUCCAAGCAGCGCUACCUCUUCGGCAGGUUCGACCUCGAGAUGAAGCUCGUCCCCGGCGAGUCCGCCGGCACCAUCACCUCCUUCUAUAUCUGCACGGGCGGCGCGCGGCACGACGAGGUGGACUUCGAGUUCCUGGGGAACUCGAGCGGGGAGCCGUACCUGCUGCACACCAACAUCUUCAGCGACGGGCGAGGGGAGCGGGAGCAGCAGUUCGCGCUGUGGUUCGACCCCACGCGGGGAUUCCACACCUACACCAUCCUGUGGAACCCGCACAACAUCGUGCUCUACAUCGACGGCGUCCCGAUCCGUGUCUUCGCUAACAACGCCGCGGCGGGGGUGCCGUUCCCGGCGCGGCAGCCGGCGCGGGUGUUCGCCAGCAUCUGGGACGCCGAGGACUGGGCCACGCUGGGCGGGCGCGUCAGGACCGAUUGGAACAGCGCGCCCUUCGUCGCCAUCUACCGCCGGUACAACGUCACCAACGCCUGCGUCUGGGAGGAUGGUGCAGGAGGUGGUGGCGGCGGCGGGCGGGCACGGUGCCCGACGGUGUUGACGGCGGUGCCAGGAGGCGGGCCGCGGCGGCGGAGGGCGCCGGCGUGGAUGGCGCAGCGGAUGGACUGGUGGAGCUGGAUGACGCUCAGCUGGGUGCGCAUGAACUACAUGGUGUACGACUACUGCGCCGACCGGAGGCGAUUCCCGCACGAGUUCCCGCCCGAGUGCGCCAUCCCCAUCGGCAGAGCCUGA